AUAACCAAUAAACCCUGCAAGCUAACACUUGUCAUUGAUUCAUUUCCACUACUCAAUUCUCAUAUGAAAUGGUAUACUCGUUUUCCAACAUUUCUCCACAAUUCAUUCUUCUUCUCAUGAUAAGCUUUCCAAUCUGCAGUUUUUCAUGGCCAUGGACUAGCAGCGCACUUCCAUCAUGUGAUCUCCCGAUUCGGCUCAGAACCGAUCCUGACGCCGUUACGGCAGCCUCUAAUGACUACGGAAACCUCGUCCACGAAGCUCCUGCUGCAGUUCUUUACCCUUCCUCCAUUCAAGAAAUCGUUGAUCUCAUCAAGCUGUCAAACAACUGUUCCACCCCAUUCACUGUUGCUGCGAGAGGGCGCGGGCAUUCCGUGAGAGGGCAGGCCAUGGCGGGCGGAGGGGUGGUGGUGGAGAUGGCUGCUUUGAGCAGAAAUGGUGGUGGGAUUAGGGUUUCUUGGAGCCCCUCAUUAGGGUAUUAUGCAGAUGUUGGAGGGGAGGAGAUGUGGGCCGAUGUUCUGCGGGUGGGGCUUGAACACGGUCUGGCCCCCGUUUCGUGGACUGAUUACUUGUACUUGACUGUCGGCGGAACGCUCUCUAAUGCCGGAAUCAGUGGGCAGUCGUUCCGACAUGGUCCUCAGAUCAGCAACGUUCUUGAACUCGACGUUAUUACUGGCAAAGGGGACUUUCUCACUUGCUCCAAAGACAUGAACUCCGACCUAUUUUUUGCAGUUCUGGGGGGCCUUGGACAGUUCGGAAUCAUAACCAGAGCAAGAAUUGUCUUACAGAAAGCACCAACAAGAGCAAAAUGGGUGAGAUUGAUUUACAAUGACUUCACCAUGUUCACGAGAGACCAAGAACAUCUCAUCUCAACCAAUAUCAACGGCCCAAACUACGUGGAAGGUUCCCUCAUCACAGAUCAGAGCCCUCCAAACAACUGGAGAUCUUCAUUCUACUCCCCUUCCGACCAAUCCAAGAUUCUCUCUUUGUUGCGAUCCAAACAAGGCCUACUCUACUCUAUAGAAGUAGUCAAAUACUACCACGAUACCAACAUCGAUACCAUUGACCAGGAAGUUAAAUUGUUGGUGAAAGAUUUGAACUUCAUUCCUGGUUUUGUUUUCAACAAGGAUGUUUCCUUGGUAGAUUUCUUGACAAGAGUUGGAAGCGGCAGAGACAAGGAGGAGGAGAAAAGCUCAGACAGGGAGUUGGAAACACAUCCAUGGCUGAAUCUCUUCUUACCAAAGUCGAGCAUCAUGGAUUUUAAUGAUGCUGUUUUUGUCAACGUCAUUCGCAGACAUAACCACACAUCAGGCCCCAUUCUUUUCUACCCUUUUAACAGGCAAAAGUGGGAUGAUCGAAUGUCUGCUGUCACACCAGAUGAGGACAUAUUCUACACCCUAGGACUGCUGCACACAAGUAGGCCCCACCAAUCAGACGUCUACGAUAAUCUGAACAGUGAAAUACUGGAUUGCUGCGAAAAGGCUGACAUCGACGUCAAGCAGUACCUUCCACACUACAUAUCCAAGGAAGAUUGGAUGAAGCAUUUUGGUCCGAAAUGGGACACUUUUCAAGAAAGGAAAACAAAGUUCGACCCAAGAAUGAUACUUUCUCCUGGCCAAAGAAUUUUCACUUCUGUUAUGGACUAUGCUCAUAUGUAGACUAUUUUGUAGAAUAGCAACCUAGGUUUUAAUUAAUUUUGAUGGAUUUUAAUAUUAAUAUUCUCGGG